AGAAAGAAAUCAAUACUCCCCUCUUCUUCAGUACCCAAGCCGGCUGAUGUGAUGUGCACCCUUGGAAAUUUGUCGAAGUGACGUUAUAUUCUAGGCGUCCUGCUGUCCCUCUCCUGUGCUGUAAUCGUAAGACCGCAUUCCGAUAAUUCCAGGCAUUGUUUUCGCCGAGUGGUCACCACAGGAAAUUAACUGCUUUACUUUUUGGUGCCGUCGCUGCCUUCAACGUUUCAUUGUGUGGACUUUUCGUGUCUUGUAGUGUUAGCUUUCAAAUCCUUUUCUCCCCCAAAAUCAUUGCAUGAAAAUUUUUUCUCCUACACAGCUGAGACUUUUCAGUUAGUUUUACGUGAUAUUUGACUGAGACUGAGAACACUCGCAUUGGUCCUGAACGCUUUGUUUUCCCACCUGGAGUCUUGAGCAGUUAACCUUCACCUUCUUCACCAAUCAUGGAUUUCUUCAGCAAAUUCUCGGAUUUCAAAGACACGUUCGACAAAUACAAGGACGACUUCGAGAACAUAAAGUCGGGUUUUGGCGGCUUUGGUGGCUUCGGUGGUUUUGGCGACGGUGGUGGUGGUCAGUCCAGCGGUCGCUCCGUCAGGCAGCACCACUUCCACCACAGCCCCGCGGUGCCAGGCCGGAGCGCUCACUCACGGCACGAGCGGAAGAACCCGUUCGCCUCCCUGGCCUACCAGCACUACGACGAGAUCAAGCAGAAGUGCCAGGACGAGGAUAUUCUCUUCGAGGACCCCGAGUUCGAGGCGGAGGAUAGCUCCAUCUUCUUCAGUUCCGACCCGCCAAGGCCCUUUGAGUGGCUGCGCCCGAGUAUUCAACUUCUGGCACCAGGGCGACUGGCAGGAGGUGGUGGUGGAUGAUCGUCUGCCCACCUACCGUGGCCAGCUGGUCUUCAUGCACUCCACAGAGAAGAACGAGUUCUGGAGCGCCCUGCUGGAGAAGGCUUAUGCCAAGUUGAUGGGUUCAUACGAGUCCUUGAAAGGUGGCAGCACCAGCGAGGCUAUGGAAGAUUUCACGGGCGGUGUGACUGAGAUGUUUGAGCUGCAGGGUGCUCCCCCUAACCUGCUGCGCAUCAUGAUCAAGGCCUGCGAGCGUGGCUCUCUCAUGGGCUGCUCUAUCGAUGCUGACCCAAACCAGCUUGAAGCUGAACUGGCCAACGGACUCAUUAUGGGACACGCUUACAGUGUGACCAGUGUCAAAUUGGCUGAUAUUCAGACUGCAAGAAUGCAAGGUCAAAUACCUAUGGUUCGAGUCAGGAAUCCAUGGGGCAAUGGGUCUGAAUGGACAGGUGCUUGGAGUGAUGGCUCACGUGAAUGGAGUCUGCUCUCUGAAGAGGAAAAGGAAGAGCUUGGACUGAACUUUGAGGACGAUGGAGAGUUUUGGAUGUCGUUCCAAGACUUCACGGCUAACUUCCAGAAGCUGGAGAUCUGCAACCUGGGGCCUGACUCACUGGAUGAGGAGGACCUGACGGACAAGAAGAAGUGGGAGUGUCACAAGGAACACGGACAGUGGAUCAAGCCUGUCUCCUCAGGCGGUUGCAGGAACUAUUUAGAUACUUUCUGGACAAACCCUCAGUUCCGAAUGACCUUGACUGACCCAGAUGAUGAUGAUGAGGAUGACCUCUGUACAGCAUUGGUUGCUGUGCUGCAGAAGGACAGACGCAAGAAGCGAAAGGAAGGCUUGGAUCUUUUGACCAUUGGUUAUGUCAUCUACAAGUUGGAAGAUCCUGAUGUUGGUCCUCUGGAUAUGAAUUUCUUCAAGUACAAUGCGUCUGUUGCAAAAUCACCAACCUUCAUCAACAUGCGUGAAGUGUGUGGCAGGCACAAGCUACCUCCUGGUACCUAUGCCAUCCUUCCUUCGACGUUUGAGCCGCACUACGAGGGAGACUUCCUGAUGAGAAUCUUUACUGAGAAGGCCAACGUUUCUGGGGAAAUUGACGAAAGGACGAGUUAUGAGGAAGAAACUUUGAAGCAAGCUCCGGCACGUGUACCCCAGAGACCUGUGGGAGAGCGUCCCGAGCCAACGGACGAGGAACAAUCCCAGGCAGAGGCUCUCAAAGAGAGUUUCCGUCAGACGGCCGGAGAGGACAUGGAGAUUGAUGCCUAUGAGCUGCAGGAGAUACUCAAUGCUGUGUUCACGAGAGGUCGUUCUGGAAGAGAGGACUGUUUUGAGUUCAGCUUCCCAGGUUUUGGCAUUGACACCUGCAGAAGUAUGGUGGCCAUGCACGAUGGUGACUUGUCUGGCAAACUGGGAUACGAAGAGUUCAAGGAGUUGUGGGAGGACCUGAGGAGAUGGAAGGGUGUGUUCAAGGAGUUUGACAAGGAUGCCAGUGGCUGCUUGUCCGCUUAUGAGCUGAGGAAUGCUCUGAACCAUGUUGGCUUCCGUGUCAGCAAUCGCUCAUUCAGGUCUCUUGUCAUGCGCUACAGCAACAAAGAGAGCCAGAUUGACUUUGGUGACUUCAUUAUGUGUGCAAUCCGGCUCAAGACUAUGCUGACGUCCUUCAGAGGUCAUGACCCUGAGAACUCUGGCUUUGCUCCGUAUGAUAUUGACAGUUUCAUCCAAGCAACUAUGUACUCUUAAGAUGCCUGCAUAUUCUGGCUGUAUAUUCAAGGAUUCUCAAGAUUCAUCAGGAACAUGCUUAAGACAACUUCAAGAGACCAGGGCUGGUUGUUUAGUUUCGGCCUGGUUCCAGGAGCUCAAUAGCCAUGACAAUCUGGCAGGUCAUUUAGUCACCCUCCGCCUCCUCCCACUCUCCCUGUGGGUGUUAUUUGUUUUUAUAUUAAAGCAGUUUUGAAUUGUUCACAAAUCUUAUUUGAUUCAGUUUAUUCAUUUUCUCAAAAUCUUUCAGUGACUUGUUCAAAGAAAUUACGGAACCAGUUUAGAAUUUUCAAAAUAAUUUGAGUUUAGAGAGACUUUAGAUGGAUAAUUUUUUGUAGCAGCAAAUUUAAUCUCUUGCAAGAUAAAUGACUGGAAAAUAUAACGGGAAUUUAACUAGAAUAUAUGACUAAUUUAUGAAUCUCUUGCCUCGACCUAGUGUUUUAGUGUCUUUUUCAUAACUGACCGUUCCCCGUAUACUGUUUCUUGUUCUACAUUUUGCGAACACAAAUCAUUCAUCAUGAUAAACCACGCAUAGCAAGUUCAGAACUACUAGUCGUAACAGCAAACAAAAUAUUAUACAUCUCUUUUAAUUAUACUGUUUUGUUCAUCAAUUUCGUCAUAGGUGUUUCAGCUUUGAACAUUUUCCAUUCUAGUAACAUUGUUUAACUGAACUGUUUGAGAUUGUGGUUUUUGCUGAAAUGCUAAAAACACAGGUGGCUCUUCAAACCAAGUUUGCUUUUCAUUGAAAUGUCAUUGCUUUUGUUCAUAAGAAUGUUGCUGUCUUCUGCGGAUCACCUUUGUCUUGCUCUAAUAAUGAAAUUAUUCAUAUUCUUGUCUCCAUUUAAGUUUGUGACACUUGUACAUACUUAUAUAUUGUUUUUAGGAUUUAUUUUGAGUGGAUAGAUCCGAAUAUUACUGUUAUAGCCACCUUUUUUGUAUGGCUGAUAUUACAAAGCUAUUGAUUUAAGAGUAUACCAUAUCACUUUAUUUUGUUUGUUAAUUUAAUUUCUGGUGAUGCAUCGUACUCACAGACAGCAAAGGACGAAGUCCGCCUCCGAGUACUUGGUGCUUCAGUGUUGUGUGAAGUUGUUUUGUGAACGUUGAUAUUGAAUUAAACAUUAUUUUUUUUGUAGUUGCCCCUUUUUUUUGUUUUUGUCUUAGUUCUUAAACUGAUGGCACUUGAAGAACUUACUAAACUGUACUUCAUGACCCACUUUCUUGUUGUCUUUUGAUCACUAUCUCAGCUGCAGUGUGUUAAUGACUUAGGGGAUGGUUAUGAUGCUUUUAGCUUGAGACACCCUUUCAUGUGUUUAGAAAAAAGUGUGUCCACGUUAUCCGAAGUGUGUGUUACACUUUCCUUUUGUAUUUUUUCACUUCAGCAAUAGAAUGCUACUAAGUUGUUGUGCCUUGCUAAUCCCCGUGCUAUCGAUUUUUGUACCCUCUUUGUUUCUUCCAAAUUAGCAUAUUAUGCGAUUUCUUCCACGAUAUUACACUCUUAUUCUCUUGUAUUGCUGACACGGGCCUGGAGAGGUCUAACCACAAUUUUGGGAUAGUUUGGUGUUUUUUUUGGGUUUGUUAGUUGGAAGAUGGUUUCAUUUGCACGACUUUAGUAAGAGGAAUGUGCACAACAAUACUGUUAUCAUGAGGAUGUCGUUGGUCCUUGUGUGGACAAGAUGAAAGCUUAACACUAUCAGACAUAUUGUUGUAUUUUGAUUAGGUUACACAUACCUUGAUGUGCUGUCGUAGUCUAAGCUAUGCAUGAUCUCUCUCCAUACGCAGACUUUUUUUGUCACGAUUUUUUACAUCUCGCACAGUUCAUUGAAAAGUAAUGGAGGGAAGAAAAUUGUAAUUGUAAAAUACAUACUUUAAGCUCUGAAACAAAAUAAGCUCAGAGUGAAUGGAAACUAAAGUUGAAAUUUAUCCUAAAAUUGUAUUGAAAAUUGUCAAGUAAUUGGCUGAACUGGACUUUUUAGUAGCAUUUAAAAAACAACAACUGAUGUAUCUGUUCAUGUAACAUUCUGUUGAUGCCGUACAGGAAAGAAUUGAAAGAUAUAAGACCUGGCUUGUCAGAUAAUUUGAUAUGUCGAGAGUGUUCUCUCUAUCUGGAUCCCUUCUUCAUGUAAAAACAUUUGUUUCUUCAUUUGUGAUCAGUUCCCUUGGAAUUACAUUGUGAUAUAUGGUAGACUUCAUGAGGUUUCCCUUCAGCUAAUGAAUUAGGAAAACUAUGUGAACUACUUAUUAUAUUUUAUUCCUGGAUUAGUUGAUUAGUUAUGUAGAUAAGAUUAGCAAUAAAAAAAAGUCAACCAGUUUAAUACAUUUUAGAAUAGGAUUCUCUUCCUGUUUAUUUUUUAUUUUUUCUACUUUUGCAUACAUCCUUGGCUUAACUGCAUAGUUUUGUGAAAGUCUCUGUUGUAAGCAUUUUAACUCUAUGUAUAAUUUAUAAUUAUUAUAAUAAAUACCUCUUUCCAUCAUU